GAGAUGACUCAGUCAAAAGAGAGAACAAAUAAAAAUAGUCUAAAGAAAGGGAAAAUGCGGCACUGGACGUCAUGGCUUAGGCAGUAGCCUGAAUCCAAUUGGUCCAUCUCUGAACAGUAUUUCAUUGCCAUGGUUUACUGCAUCUUGACUUCCUCAUUUCUAAUGGAUGGCCUCAGUCGAUGACAUCACAGUGCUCUUCCAAACCUUUCCCUCUCUUUACUCUGUUCAAAUGAACUCAUCAGAAUGAUACAUCUGAACAGAAGAGAGCCCAAGUUGUUCAAAAUCAUCAGAAUGAUACAUCUGCUUGAGAAGUGGCAGAGACCAUUGAAUUCAUCGGGCAACAUGGUACUUCUGUUAGUACUUUCAGUACUGGCUUUUGACGUAUCUUGUACACAAGCUUUCCCGGAAAAUGGAAACAAGAUCAAAUCUAGAACUUUCCUGUCACCUGAGUUCAUGUUGGGGCCAGGAUCAGUUGAGAGCAAAACAUACGAUGAUAUUGACUUCCCAAGAGGUCAUAUCGCUCUCAAGAGUUUUAAUGCGGAGGUAGUUGAUCAGGCUGGGAAUCCUGUACCUCUUUAUGAAACUUACAUUCACCACUGGCUUGUGGGAAAGUACUAUGAGCAUCGCCCAUCAGGCCGUAAUUUUUCACGAAAUAGUGGAUUGUGCCAGGGUCAAAUUCUUGAACAGUAUUUUGGCCUUGGAUCUGAAACACGAAAAACAGUUACACAUAUUCCAGAUCCUUUUGGAAUAGAAAUUGGCAAUCCUGCCGAAAUUCCUGAAGGGUAUCAGGAGAAGUGGUAUCUUGGUGUCCAUGCAAUUGAAACACGGGGUGCGGAAGAUAGGCUGGGGUGCAUUGAAUGCUGGUGUGAUCUAUAUAACGUCACAAACGAUGAAGAUGGAAACCCCAUUAGGCCAGACUAUAAGGGAGGUUUAUUUUGUUGCUAUGGUCAGACACAGUGCAAAGUCAGACAGGGUUUUCAGGGGGGCAAGAGGAGCCUCUACCUGCGAUAUACGGUGAAAUGGAUUGAUUGGGAUAGUUCCACCAUUCCUGUUGAAAUCUUUGUGUUAGAUGUUACUGAUACUGGAAAAAGGCUCCUUGGAUCAACAGAAAUCAGUCCAGAGAAUGGUUGCCAGGUUGAGUAUGCAGUUGAGUCUUGCACUGCUACCGAUGCAGCUGGUAAUGGGUGCAUUGACAUCAAAAGAAAUAGCCUCACCAUGCCAACUGGUGGUUAUGUCAUCUAUGCCGUUGCCCACCAGCAUGCUGGUGGGAUAGGUUCAACUCUGUAUGGACAGGAUGGGAACGUAAUAUGCACUUCAAUACCAAUUUAUGGAAAUGGAAAUGAAGCAGGAAACGAGGAUGGUUACAUUGUAGGAAUGUCCUCCUGUUAUCCUGAACCAGGUUCUGUCAAGAUAACAGCUGGGGAGAAUCUAACUCUGGAAUCUAACUACAACAGCACUAAUAAGCACACAGGAGUCAUGGGGCUCUUCUACAUUUACAUAGCAGAACAAGCACCAAAUGUGACUUUCUCACAAGCUCCUGUUCAGAUACAUGAAAGCAUUAAAGUAACAACUUACGCUUGGUCAAUUGUGGCUUUCAUUGGACUGGCUGUGACUAUUGCUGUUGCUGUUGCUGUGCAUUCCUGGCUGAAGAAAAGGAGAGAAGGUGGCUACAAACCAGUUCCUAAAUGAGGCUGUAAAUUGUGUUAUGUUUCCAUGAGCUGUGUGCUGCAUCUCUACAGCCAGCGCUGUUAUCAUCAUACCAUAUUAUACGAAUAUAUGCUUGCUUUAAGCAUAAGCAUUCUAGACUUUCCCUUGCUAAAACUUUUAUGGCCUGUAAAUGUCAUUUUAGAAUGAGUUGAUGCCGCAAUGCCAUAGCCGUCAUGCAGAGUGGCUUGAUUUAUACA